CGGCGGAAUAAAAACACACAAACCGAGUUACACAAAUUUUCUAGAUGAUUUAGAAACACUUAGAAAAGGGGAUUAAUUACAGCUGGAAAUGUCGAAAAUGCUUAUCCGAUUGGCUCGGGGUGUUGCGGGGUUAAGUGCCGGUGCCGGCGCCGCACGCUCGGCAAAUUUGGCCACUCCCGCCGGACGAUGGAAUAACUCCAGCACCAGCCUUUGGAGCAGAUUUCAACACUCAUCCGGCCAGAACGAUCCAAUGAAGGGCAAGGGACCGAUCACGUGGAAAAGUUUUACAUUUAUUGCAACGGCCGGAAUCGGCGUGCUUGGUUUUAUGUGGUACGUGAAGGAUGAAAAGGAGCAGGCUCUGCUAAGAGAGCGCAAGCGGCAGCUCGGCAAGGCAGCUAUCGGUGGCAAGUGGGAACUAGUCGAUUCGGAUGGCAACCCCCGAAAAUCGGCGGAUUUCUUGGGCAAAUGGUUGCUGAUUUACUUUGGCUUCACGCACUGUCCGGACAUCUGCCCGGAUGAGCUGGAAAAGAUGGCAACGGUCGUCGAUAACCUGGACAAGGAUGAAACGGCCGAUCCAGUGCAACCUAUCUUCAUCACCGUCGAUCCGCAGCGCGAUACGAAAGAGAUCGUGGGUAAAUAUGUAAAGGAGUUUUCGCCCCGGUUGCUUGGGCUUACCGGAACCGUGGAGCAGGUUGCGCAAGUUUGCCGUGCAUUCCGAGUGUACUUUAGUGCCGGUCCGAAGGACGAGGACAACGAUUAUAUUGUAGAUCACACGAUCAUCAUGUACUUGGUCGAUCCGAAUGGGGAGUUUGUGGAUUACUAUGGUCAGAACCGGGACAAAGAGUCGAUCAAAAAUUCCAUCCUGAUCAACAUGACCAAAUUCAAGCAGAUGCACAACAAAUCCUGGUGGUGACUCAACGUUACUGGAAUUAUGCAAGAGGUAGUAUUUGGCCGAAUGAGUCAGUGUUUGUUAAUUUAAGCAAUAAACGGCAGAGUGCGCGGUAUAUGAAUGUAAUUUAAA